AUGAGUGAAAAUAUUACCAAAAUAGCGAAAAAGAGAAAUAGACUUUCGUUUGUCUGUCAAGCUUGUAGACGAUCAAAAACUAAAUGUGAUAAAUUAAAACCAAAAUGUUCAAGGUGUAAGAAUCAAGAUCUUUCAUGUGUUUACGAUAUAGCAAUUCAAACAAGACCAAAAUGUGCAAGUAGAAAAUCUCAAAUACAAAUGCUUGAUAAUGAAUUAGACUUUUGGAAGAAAAAGACAAAUCAACUGAUGAAAUUACAAUAUAAAAAAAUUAUUGAGUCAAAACAAACUCAUCUAUUUGGCGAUUUAGAGGUUUUACCUGAAAGAGAUUUAACAAAUAAUAAAAGAACAGUAAAAGAUUUUUGGGAUUUAAAUGUAAAUAUUUAUAGAGAUGAUACAAAUUUAAUAAUAAGUCCCAUUAUGAAGACGGAAGUAACUCCUUUAUCAGAAAAUAAUAUCAUUAUUAAUGAUCAUUUCAUUAUAACUUUAAUUAUAUCUGUUAUAGCUACAUCAAAUGAAAAUGUAGCAUUAUUACCUGCUUAUGCUGCAGAACCUAAUAUGGUUAAAUAUUGUCCCUCCGUGGUUAAUACUAUUUUAAAAAAUAAAGACAUUUUAGUUAAACAUUGUCAAAAUACCCAUGAGAAAAGAAGAAUUGAAUAUUUUACUAAUAAAUUAUUACAAAUCCCUAUAUCUCAUAAAAAUUCUGUAAGAUUAGAAUCUUUUUUGGCAGAUGUAAAUAAAGAUUUAAGUUAUCCUUAUUUAGAAGAUCAUUGCACUUUAGAAGGUGGUUAUUCAGAAUUGUUAGAAUCCUUUAUCGAUUCUUAUGAACAAUUAUUACCACCAUAUGACGUCAUAUUACAUUAUAAAGCACAUUUUUAUGAAAACAUAUAUCCAUGUUUACCAUUUCUAGAUAAAAAUUCAUUUGAAAAAAUGUUUAAAAGUAUUGUAUUUAAAGAUCCUAAUAAUUUAGAAAAGAUUAAAUUGAAUUUUGGUACAUCUGGUUUAAGAGGCAAGAUUGAAACUAUGUGUCUUUUAUCUAUUAUUUUGAAAUUAUCAUAUAUGUCAUUAAUGUUUAUCAAUGAAAAAGAUAUUGAUGCCAAAAAUAUAUCAUCAGAUAUAUUAAAAAAAUAUCCCAUUAGUAACAAAACAAUUUCAUUAAUUCAAAAAUGUGCUGUUUCAGAAAAUUGGAUAGCUUGUCCUAAUGAAAAUAUUGUUGCAUGCCUCCUGUAUAUGUGGUCAUAUUUAGUAUUUUCUCCCGAAGAAGGUGAUUUUUUUACAGCAAAUCCUACUGAUGUAUUAUGUAACCUCAUUAUUAUGUUAUCGACAACAAUAGGUUUACAUAGAGACCCUUCAGAUUUUAGAAAUUUAGAUGGUGAUUUCAAUAGAGAAUUAAGAAAUCAUAGACGUCUACUAUGGUUAUGUGUCGUUGGGAUGUCAGGUAUCGAGGUUAUCUUAAAAGGUAGACGUGGAACAUCAAAAAGUUUUAUGGCAUCAUUUAUUGAUAUCGAUGAUCCAAAUGUGAUGGAUCAAUAUAUGAAAAGAGUUAAGAAUGAUAUGGAGGUUCCUGAUGCUUUUGUUUUAAAACUACAUGAAAAUACUUUUAAAUAUGCAUAUUUGGUUUCAUUACACCAAAGGAUAAGUGAUUGUUUCUUGAAAUAUAGUGGAACAUUCAAAUUAAGAGAAAUUAAUGAAUUGAAGGAAAAAAUUGAUGCUUUCAUAAAGAAAGAAUUUCCUCUGGAGUCUCGUGCUGAAAAUUUAAAAGAUUUAAAUAUCAAUACAACAAAUGAUGAUAUCAUUAAUCAAUUAUCACUAAUUACAACAAAAAAUUCAGCAAAUUUUCUCUAUACUGUUUUGAGUAAAUUAAUCAUGUUAAGAGUUUCAUUGGCAUUGCUGUUUCAUUUUGAAAAAUGUUGUGUGCAACAAAAAAAAGAUAUGAAGGCAGCGAACAAUAAAGACUAUGAAAAUAAUAUUGAUUAUUUACCAUAUUAUUAUCAUUAUCUGAAGGAAUCGGUAUGCUAUACUGUAUUAUUGUCAAACUAUAUUGGGUUUUUCUAUGAUAAAGGAAACUCUAAUGUUAUAUCGCCAUUAACCACUUACCAUAUGUCUAAAAUUAUUCAAUUAUCACUUUCUACUGUAUUAUUAACUGCUUUAUCCACUGGUUUAAAAGUUCAUGUUUCAAUAAACGAAGUAAUGUCAAGUCCAACCUCAGUAAUAAUUGAAACUUCAGAAAAGAUACAACUUUUAUCGGAAUUGGAAGUAGUAAUGAGAACUGCAUUGUUUAGAACUUAUAACCUUGUAUCUGAAAACUUAAGAUUUACAUACUAUCCAGUAUUUAAGAUGCUAGUGUUGUUCGAUGUCUUUAUGGUGAAAUAUAAGAAAGAUGAAUUAUUACCAAAUUAUUUCAAGAGUCUUGACACAGGGCUCCAAAUUGAAAGACGUGAAAAAUUGUUUGGAUUAACAUUUAAUUAUAAACUUGAAAAGGGUGAAAAAAUGAUAGAUGAUAUUCGUGAUAGAAACCUCAUUGGAAAUUUCAGUUGUGAUCAAUUGAAAAGUAUAUUGGAAAAGAUCCAUCAAACUAAUUUAGAUAUUAUACCGGAUUAUUCAGAUCAAGACGUCAAUAGUAUCAUAGAUAAUAAUCCACCUAUGCAGACACAUGAUAAUAACAGCAAUGAAUCGAGCGGAACACCUAUGUCGGAGAUUAAUGAGACACAAAUUCCAAUAAAAGCUUAUUAUCAUUCUUCAGAAAAUAACGGAUUACCAACAAACAGCAAUAUUAAUAACACUGUUGACAUGAUUAAUCAAAGUUAUUCUAAUGAAACACAAUUGCCUAAUUUUCCAGCAAGCAUGGCUGUACCAGAAUUACCAGAAAAUAUGGUGGACAUUAAUAAUAUUGGAUUUAAUAAUGAACACAAUAACAACAACACCAAUAACCCAAAUAAAUCAAUGGAUUACAAUACAUUCCAAAAUCCAAUUUCCCUCGCAUCUGAUGAUACCUUAGAAUUUGCAAAUUUGUUCGGUGAUGUCGAUAUAUUUGGCUAUGAUUUCUUUUUUGGCACCGAUUAA